AUGGUCAAUGGUUUACUGUGUUUGUAUCGGGAUAACAAGUCCUGGCUCUACAACAUUGAUACCCGGGAGGCGUUAAAACUUCCCGAUUCGCCACCUUCCAACUAUGAAGAUGGAAUAGUUUAUCACUUGGGUUUUGUUCCUGUCAACAAAUGGUACAAGUUACUCAAGACAUGUUGUUGUCAAGAUGAUGAUGUGGCCAUUCUCACAGUUGGGGUGGAUUCUUGUUGGAGAAUGUUAUUAGGUGUCCAGAGUGAGCAAAAUAUAGAUUCUCAAAGUAAAUGCUUGGGUGGAAUCCUUUGCUGGGCGCAGAGUAAUAAUCGAAUUAUUGCUUUUGAUCUGACUAGGGAGAGGUUUAUCCACAUUGAUCCUAUACCUCAAGGAGUAUUCCCUUUUGAUUCGUAUGAGUUGCACUUGCAUCUAGCGAAUUUCAGACCUAAUCUAGUUGUAACAGGCGAAUCUUGGUAUUUUAAUUCCAAGAUUCUUCGUUACGACCUUAAUACGAGCAAUGGAUGCGGAACUUGGGUUGACGAGCUUCCAGAGCUACCACGGAUAAUACAGGUCCCACAAUAUGGAGCAUCAAUUUAUCACCCAGUGUAUCUUACUGUGCUGGGGAUUGUUCCGGAGGGAAAGAUGAUGAUAGUAUAUGAUCAUUCCAUCAAUUGUAAAUCACCGACUCUUUACUUGUAUCCUGACCUGUCAGGAACAGGAAGGCCUAAUAAUACUCUGGAGUCUGACCAGCGUAGGUUAAUCGAGUGGGUUCGUCGAGUUGCGAUCAACACUACGUUAAGAACUUUCGAGGCUGGUCCUAUUUUGAGGAGAAUAUCAUCUCAUUAA